AUGGAAAGUAUUAGUGAUCUGAAUAAACCUUGGCUUGCUAUUGGUGAUUUUAAUUCUAUUGUCUCUCAAGAUGAAAAAAUUGGUGGCAUGGAAGUAAAUAGAAGAUCAAUGCAAAAAUUUAAUAACUGUCUUAAUAACUAUGAAUUGAUACAAGCUCCUAAAUCAGGUUUAAUGCAUUCUUGGUCCAAUUGUCAACAUGGGGAUAUGAGAAUUCUUUGUAAUUUGGAGAGAGCUAUUUAUAAUCAUAAGUGGUUCCAAAUGCAUGAGAAUUGGAGUUACAAAGUGGGGUUGAGGAUUGCUUCAGAUCAUAGUCCCUUGUUAGGUGGUGGUGCAAUUAUUCCUAAACCUUCAAAUGCACCCUUCAAGUUUCAGAAAAUGUGGUUAACUCAUCCAGUUUUUGGUACUAUCCAUGUUAAAAUCAAAGAAGCUGAAGAAGAAGUUCAGAAAGCGAUAGUCAUAUCUGAUCAGAAUCCUCAUGAUAUUGAAGCUCUAGAUAAUCUUGUUGCUGCUGAAAAUGAUUACAAUAGUAAAAAAGUCCAGCUAAAUACCAUGCUCAAGCAAAAAGAUAGAAUUAAAUGGGUUAAAGAAGGUUCUGCUAAUACAGAAUCAGAAAAUCAUUGCAGAAACUCUUGUGCAACACUUCAAGCAAAAAUUUUAAUUUCAAGAACUGAAGAUGCUGAGUCUUUACUGGAAGAAAUUCCAAAAGUUAUUACAGAUGAGGAUCAAAAAAUGUUGGAUGCUUUACUUGAGGCAGAAGAAAUAAAAUCUACAAUUUUCAGUAUGGAUCCUGACAGUUCACCAGGCCCUGAUGGCUUCUCUGGUUGCUUUUAUAGAGCAUGCUGGAAGAUUAUACAAUAUGAUGUGGUGCAAGCUGUGCAGUUUUGUUGGAGGAGGAAAUUUAUUCCAAAAGGCCUUAAUUCAAAUUUUCUUGUUCUUUUGCCUAAAACAGAAGGUGCAAAAACUCCCAAUCAAUUUAGACCAAUUGGUAUGAGUAAUGUGAGUUUCAAAAUUUUUACAAAGAUCAUAAAUACAAGAAUGAUUUCUCUUAUGCAAAAACUGAUUACACCUCAGCAAGUUGCCUACAUCAAGGGAAGAAGCAUACAAGAAAAAAUAAUUUUAGCUUCUGAAAUGGUCAAUGACAUGAAGAAAAAGAGAAGGGGUGGAAAUAUAGGAUUAAAACUAGAUAUAUCUCAAGAUUAUGACUCUUGUCAUUGGUUAAGGGUAUUAUUUGAAUCAGCCAGAUUAUCUGUGAUGGUCAAUGGAGGGCCUCAUGGAUUCUUUUCUGUUGGAAGGGGUCUAAGGCAAGGUAACCCCUUAUCACCAACUCUAUUUGUUAUUAUGGAGGAUGUUCUAAGUAGAAGCAUCCAUAAGAAGGUGGCAGAAGGUUUGAUUAUUCCAAUGAUAGUUAGGAAAGGCAUUCAUCCAACACAUUUAUUUUUUGCAGAUGAUGUUUUUCUCUUAUGUAAUAGAGCCAAGAAAAGUAUCACUAAUCUCAUGAAGUUAUUGGAUGAUUACCAAAAAGGCUCAGGUCAAAUCAUAAAUAAAACUAAAAGUAAGAUUUUUAUUGAUGGUAAUUCUGUUAUAAGGAAAAAUCAGAUUAAGGAAAUUCUGCAGAUGGAGCUCAGUACCUUCCCUGACAAGUACUUAGGAGUUAUCUUAUCUCCUGGCAGAGUUAAAGUAUCUACAGUGUGGCUUAUGGUAGAGUUAAUACAGAUAAAGCUUGCAGCUUGGAAGGGGAAACUACUAUCUUUUCAGGACAGGUUGGUUCUUAUAAAAUCUGUAUUAUUCAGUAUCCCAAUUUAUAAUAUGGUUGUGUAUAAGUGCCCUGCAUCAAUAAUUAAGGUCUGUGAAAAAGUGAUAAGAAAUUUCCUCUGGUCUGGUGAUGGAGAUGUGAGGAAGUAUACAAUUCUAGCAUGGAGAAAGUGGGCUUGGGAGGCAUUGAAAGAAAAUAUUAGAUGGUGCAUCGGAAAUGGGCAGAAGGUCAAUGUAUGGCAUGAUAACUGGAUUGGUGAUGCUCCUUUAAAUGGAAAUAUUAAUACUAAUACUUAUGUUAAAGUCAAUGAGCAUCUAAAAGUAGCACAUUUUAUUCAGAAUGGCAGAAUUCCAAAAUCCUUUGAUGAUGUAUGGAACAAUGCAAGGAACAAGAGCCCAAUUGUCAGAGAAGCUUGGAUCACAUCAGCUUGUUCUGUAAUCAGAGAGGUAUGGUUCCAGAAGAAUAAAAAAUUCAUUGAAGAAAUCAAGCCUAAUGAACUUCAAUUUAAAAACAGAAUUAAAAAGCUGGUGUAUGAAGGAGGCUACAAGAUGAAGGGGAAUAGGUGUAAUCAAGCAUAUGAUAGCCAGGUAAUUGCCUUUUUAACUCUGGGUAUUAGAUACAACAAAUUUCAUUGUAUCAAAACCUGUUACUGGUCUCCUCCACCAAUGGGAUACACCAUGUUCUGCUGUGAUGGAUCUUCUUUUGGUAACCCUGGAGCAGCAGGACUUGGAGUGGUAGUUAGAAAUUAUUUGUGCCAGGUGAUUGGAGCAUUAUCAGGGGGCAUAAGCAUCACAACCAAUUUUGUUGCAGAAAAUUAUGCAGUGUUUUGUGCAGUGGAGUUGGCAGGUGAAUGGGAGUUACAGAAUAUUAUCAUAUGUUCAGAUUCAAAAACAAUCAUCGAAGGCUUUAUCAAAGGACAAACUCCAUGGUUUAUAAGGAUGAGAUGGAAAAAAGCAGUGAGUAGAGUGUCUUCCAUUAUAUUCCAACAUUGUUUUAGAGAAACUAAUUUCUCUGUUGAUACAACUGCAAAAAGGGGAGCUAGAUUGGCAGCAGGUGAAAGACAGUUAAUUCUGGGAAGACCAAAUUUCUUAAUAAGGGUAGAGAUGCCAAAUGUGGAAUACUUUAGGUUCAUCUGA